AUGAGAGGUCAUCGCCGGACUGAGAGUUUUACUGAGAUCAUAGAAGACAUCCUAAAGUGCAAACCUGGUGGUGUGGAAGUGAUGCAGCACUAUAAAGACACUGGUAAUAUGUCAACAUCCAAAAGAAAGGAGAUGAUUAAUAUAUUGGUUGCACACAUGACUGAACAAGAAGGAAGGAUACCACUUAAGGCCACAAGAGAGAUGCAUGCCCUUGGCAUCAUUACUCUUUUUCCAAACCUAAAAGAUCCUGAAGGGAAGACAGGCUAUGAACAAUACUAUGACGCACAGAGAGGCACAGGUUUUAUUAUGAAUCGCCUAAAGACGAUUCAGAGAAACACUAGUUGUAAAAUGCCCUCUCGAUCAAAUGAGAAAACUUGUGGUCCUAGAAUGGAGGAAAAUAUCUGCAUUACAGAUCAGCUAACAGGCGAUGAUUGCCUGGAAGUGAUCUCACUGCUUAAACACAGCACUGAUCGUGAUAUCAUCUUCUGGAAGAUGAAAGAUACGUUUCAGUACCGUCAGGAGAUUGUAAAGAACCCAAAGAAGUCCACAUCCAUCUUUCACAUUUUUCCUCGUUUCCUGGACACCAAAGGUCCCCUUGAUGACACCAUCAUCAGCUGUUUAAGGAGCUCUACCCAUCCAAAAACUUGAUUCCUAAACAUCAUUUUAUGUUGCAUUAUCCUCGCUGUAUUCGGAGAAUUGGUCCAUUGUUGCAUGUUUGGUCAAUGAGGUUCGAGGCCAAACAUAAGUUCUUUAAGAACUGCAUAAAGAACUUUAAGAAUUUGACUGUGUCUUUGGCAAAAAAACACCAAUUUGCUGUGGCCUAUCACUGGGAAUGUAUGAAUUACAAUUCUCUGGAAUCAGGACCAGUGAAGGUACAUAAACUUCUGUGUUUGGAUCAUUUUGAAGAGAUUUCUGAACAUCUUUGCAUUGAUUCUCAAACUGAAAUUCGACAUACAAAGUGGGUAAAAUGCUCUGGAGCAGAGUACAGAGUUGGCCUUUUCGUGUGUUCUGAUAUUGUUGACGAAAUGCCUGUUUUCAGUAAAAUACUAAAUAUAUUAUUGCUCAGAGAACAAGUUUUCUUGUUGUUAAAAGACUAUGAGUCGACGUUUAUUGAACAGGUCCAUGCCUACAGAUUAUUUGACAAAGCAUCUCAACAUGUAUGGAUAGUGAACAAAGACAAUUUAAGGAAUAUUUCUUUGUUUGAUGCACAGAUGUCCUAUGGUGCUGACUCAUUUUUCUACAGUUGCAAAAAAUGAACUUGUUUGAAACACUCAGUAGAGAUUUAUGUGUUUAUUUAGCCUAUAAAGGAAUAGUAUAUUUUAUCAGAAUGAAUGUGUAUUUUC